AGAGGAGAGGAAGAGCCGAGACAAGUGAACACACAACAAGCCAAGGCAAGGGACAGGCGAUUGCAUAGCGUGUGAAUGGAGCAGUGUGCGAGUACGGCCUCCCUGCUGGCCUCGGUGCGGGAGCAGGAGAGGCAGUUUGAGAUGCUGAGCCGAGCUCUGGAGGAGGAGCGGAGGUCGUGUGCUGGCACCCUGCCCCGCCCCCUCCCCAACAUGCAGAACGGCCGCAUUCCUUGUGAUGCAGACAUAGAGAGGCUGACACUGAACGAGGGUUACAUCAACGGGACACAUCAUUUCAGGAUGGAGCCUGGUCAGGUGGUGCAGGAAACGUACACGGUGGAGGAAGAUCCCCAGGAGGUGCCACCUGUUGUCUCUGUGGAGACCAAUGAAGAUGGGACCACGCGGCGCACAGAAACCACGGUAAAGAAAGUAGUAAAGACCACGACCACUCGCACAGUCAUUCCCUCCGUGUCAGACACGCUGUCCCUGGAUGGUGGGGGUUCAGUGACGGGUAUGGGGGGCUACCCUGCGCCCAUGGUCUACAGACAAGGACCUGGAGGUGGCGUGCCCAUGGACUACCCCACUCACACUGUGCCCCGCAACUAUCACUACGGACCGCCAGGGGGCUACGACGACUACCGUACUGGACCCCCAUCUGAGGCCUACACAAGCCUUAGCAGGGGAGCUCGUAUGGAUGAUCGCUACAGACCGGUCCAUCCAGAUGGUUACAGAACUCUGGAUCCUAGCUACAGAGCCCCCAGCAGGAACCAGCUGGACCCCUAUGCUGCUCAGCCACAGGUCGGGCGUAUGGGAAGUGCCAUGGAGCUGUCCUCUAUUCCGAGGUUUGUCCCAGAGCCGUACGGUCUGGAGGAUGAUCAGCGCAGCAUGGGCUACGAUGAGCCCGACUAUGGCAUGGGACACCAAAUGCACUACAGCACCGUACCCCGCAACCACAAUGCAUUUUCCCAUGGGCCCCCACGCAGGGCUGGGAGUUACGAGGGCACCUUGGAUGGCGACAUGAGUGGCCCAGGGGACAUUUACUAUUGGGGAGGAGCGCCACUGGCCCAGGGUGAAAGAGGAAGCAUGGCUUCAUUGGACAGCACUCUAAGGAAAGCUCCCGGCCCCGGUCCUGGCGGCUGGCGGCAGCCAGAGCUGCCAGAGGUCAUUGCCAUGCUGAACUACAGGCUGGACCCCGUCAGGAGCAACGCAGCUGCAUACCUGCAGCAUCUCACCUAUAAAAAUGAUAAAGUGAAAUGUGAUGUGCGUCGACUGAAAGGCAUCCCAGCGCUGGUCUCUAUGCUUGACAACCCAAACAAAGAGGUCCACUAUGCAGCCUGCGGAGCCUUAAAGAACAUCUCAUAUGGCAAAGAUCAAGACAACAAGAUCGCCAUCAAGAACUGUGACGGAGUCCCUGCCUUGGUCAGGCUGCUGAGGAAGACCCAUGACCAGGACCUCACUGACACCAUCACAGGGACACUGUGGAAUCUGUCGUCACAUGACUCUGUGAAAAUGGAGAUUGUGGACCAUGCACUGCACGCCCUCUCUGACGAGGUGAUGGUGCCCCAUUCAGGCUGGGCGCGAGGAAGCAAUGGAGCAGGUGGAGGGGACAGCUGCAAGCCCAGGCAUCUGGAGUGGGAGACAGCCCUCACCAACACAGCAGGCUGCCUGAGAAACGUGAGUUCAGAGCGAAGUGAGGCGAGAAGGAAGCUGAGGGAGUGCACAGGAUUGGUUGAUUCGCUCAUGUACAUUGUCCAAUCCCAGAUUGACUGUAAAGACGUUGACAAUAAGUUGAUAGAGAACAGCAUGUGUCUGCUGAGGAACUUGUCCUAUCAGGUGCACCGUGAAAUUCCUGGCAGUGAGCGCUACCAGGAGACCGCGCCCCUCAACCAGGGCCCCGCCCCUGCCAGCCAGAAGGGCGGCUGCUUCAGCUCCCGCAAGAGCAAAGAUGAGUGGUUUUCCAAAGGUAGGAAAGAUGAGGACGCAGCAGCAGACAUAAUAGACAUUCCAAAGAGGACCACACCUGCUAAAGGUAACUCUUUUAUAUUCUGACUACGCUGUGUCAGAAAAUACAACAGUCUAUCCAAAGUUAGAGUAAUUUGUGCCCUGAUUUAAUGAAAAACCCAAAUUGUGUCUGUUUAGUAUGGGCGAUACAUCCGCGCCCUGCUGCGGCAGGAGAAGGGUCUACCCAUGAUGACUGAGCUGCUGGCCCACGGCAACGACCGCGUGGUCCGCGCCAUGUCUGGAGCCCUCCGCAACAUGGCCAUUGAUGCACGCAACAGAGAUCUACUAGGUAAACAUGCGGUGCCUAACUUGGUGGCCAACCUGCCCGGCGGUGGUCAGAGUCAGCCGGUGCGAGCGCUGUCAGAAGAGACAGUGGUGUCGGUAUUGAGCACGCUCCAUGAGGUGCUGGGCUCCAGUCUGGAAGCAGCAAAGAGCCUCAGGGCCUCACAGGGAAUUGAGAGACUGGUGCUCAUUAACAAGGACGGUAAUCGUUCUGAACGGGAGGUGCGUGGGGCCGGCCUGGUGCUGCAGACAGUGUGGGGCUACAAGGAGCUGCGGCGUACUUUGGAGAAAGACGGCUGGAAGAAGACAGACUUCAUGGUCAACCUUAACCCUCCCAGCAACAGCACCAGGGCCAACGGAGGAUAUGAGGACAGCACUCUCCCGCUCAUAGACAAAGGAGGCAAAGGGGACCGCGAAAUGAUUCCAAUGAAUGACUUGGGACCAGAUGCCUACUCCACACUUGACCAGAGAGGGAGAAGGAACACUUUCGAUAACACACUCGAACCUGCUGACAAAGAUGCAGUGCAGGGAGGGAUGUAUGGGGAGAGGCAAGCCUCUUUGCCUCUAAUGGAUUCUUACGAUGAAAAACUGAUUGUGUGCAUCACAAGACGACAGCCUCCUCCCACCUACUGCCCUUGCUGAACUGACAAAUGGGGACCACUACACUACCGAUGGGACUAAACUCCAUCCUUUACACUCUACCAUUCUGUCCCUCUUUGGCAGUUUUUCUUCUCUCUCUUUGUUACAUUCUUCUAUUGCAGCUGACAAACCACAGAAAACCUGACGUGGACCUACGCUCCCUGUGGACAUCCGGACAAGACACUAUGACCACUUUGUGCUCUGCGAGUCACUGAAACUCUAACCACUUGAUCAGAUACCACGGCCACAACACUACAUCUCCGCGCUAUACUAUAACACUAUAACACCACCACUUGCCCAGGCAACACUAAUUCUCUCUUCGACUAGACUGGCUUCAUAAGAGAACUUUUUCUAUUUCUUGGAGGUUGAAGCGUAGCCGUAGACUAAUGAAACUACAUAGAAAGUUGGGAUCAGAACAAGACACUUUAUUGUGAAAUUUUACAUAAAUGGCUAUUAUACUCUGUUUAAAAAGAAUGAGGAAAUGUCUUUUUUGCUCUCUGAUGGAUAAAUGCUACAAAAAAAAAAUCCUACCACUGAGAACCAAUGUUUUCUGAUCUAAUCAGAUAUGUGUAGAGCUUCUGCUUCUGUUUCGGUAGUGGUUGUUCCUCUUCUUGUUUUGCUCUGUACCACAGUAAUGUUCACGUGCCAAAUGACACUGCUACUGCUGCGACUGCCAAUACUGAAUGCAAGAACUGAAUACAAGAACUUCACCCACUCAGACUUCUACAGCAGCUACACUGAAAACUGUCAUCUGCUUUGUUUUGUGCGCAGAUUGUGUCUGUGACAGUCCCAUCGACAAGAUGCAUGCUCCAUUUUUUCUUUUUUUGUAUUUGAUUGUGAUCCAUAGAAAAAAAGGGUGGAAGGUCAUCCCUACAGGGAUAUCCCUACAGAUGAAAAUAGAGCUUCUGUUUCUAAAGUGAUGUUUCUGUUCCGUUUUAGCCCUUUUGUAAUUCUUGGGAGACAUUACAGGAAUCAUGGGUUGAAUUUACUAAUAUCUGCAGUUCUGUAGUCUUAUGAAUGUGUACAUACGAGACUGUCUCUAACAGCAUCUAUGUGGGCUAACUGGAGUGCCUCGCUCUCAUUCAGGAUAGGUGUGAUGGGUGUGCCCAACAUGACAUCAAGGUGUCUUUUUCUCAGCAGGUAACUAGUUGGGAAUAUUGUAUAUGGAACUCAUCAGUUUUCUAUUCUGCAAAAUAAUGUAAGAAGUGACUGGUUGAUUCUUGUUAUUGCAAUUGUUUUUUUUAUAAGGUAUACAAGUUUUGAGUUCUGUAUAAUUUACUGCUUCACAUACCCAUAACCUACCUGGUUUUAAGACUACAGAACAGCACAUGGGAGAAGACAGGACUGUCUGUUAUGGCCCGCAUUUCUUCUCUUCAGUGAUUCUUCUGUAGAAGAAUGCAUAUUCUUAGUGCUGAGUGAGAUGUAGAUACUUACCGAGUGGAUGAUUAAAAGAAUGGGUUUUUUGUUUUCCAUGCCAAUUGAAACACGACAGAGGAUGCUUCAUUUUUCUCAAAGUGACAAAAUGCCUUCAACAGUGGACAGACUUAAAGACAAUAGAAGAGAGCAAGGGUUUGUGUUAGAAAAUUGCAGUGUAAGGAGACGUAGACCAGAAUUUGCUAUUUAAAAAUAAAAAGUGAAAAAAAAAUUAAAGCACAUUUAAACUAUAUAUACAAGAGAAUAUUUGUUAAUUUGAAUGGUUUUAUGUAUUUUUUUUUUUAUAUUGAUUUGGGUUUAAAUGUUUUGGGUGCUCUGGGUGAAUGCAUAUGCAAUCAGUUUUUAAGAUUUGAUUGAAAAAAUUGAGUUUGUCUUAAUUAAAUGCAAAACAAGUUCUCUAAA